AAGAGGGCUUCAUCGUGAGCCACCCCGAGUCCCUGCUGCUGGAAACCGGUCAUAACCAGCAGUGAGCAGACCUACAGCGUCACGGGAAGUGUCCGUAGCGAGCACCCGUAUAUAAGGAUCUCACGUACAUCGCACUCAGGAAAUCUACCCGUGAAGUGUUUCGUUCAUAAUUCGUUGCUGCCGGUGCCUUUCACCUGUGGACAUUACCUGUGCUUACACCUGGUUUUCUUCGUGACGAGGGCUGUGGCUGUCGCCUUGUGUAUAUGUGUAAACGGCUUUGAAAGGGAAAUCCUGUGUUUGAUAUUUGGAAACGAAGAUAAUUUUCUACAGCACCGAUUUCUAAAAAAAAAAAUCUAUCGCAAAAGCGAGUUCAGGUUCUCUCAGGAGUGUUCAAAAGAUUCGCACGAUGAAGCGGUGACUUACAAAGCCCGGACAAUUCUCAGGAAUUGGCGGCACAUCAAAGUGAGUUCUGCAACUAGUGUUAAAAUCUUUCCAAAAGUAAGUAUUAUCAUUCAAAGCAAUGGCAGACAACUGUGAGGUAGGCGAAAGGACUACAUCCGCAUCCUUGCCUGCAGGUUCUGGAAGUGGUGUGCAGAUCACAGUUACUCCCCUCGAUGACUUCCACGUUUCCGACUCAGGUGUUGAGACGGAAGCAGAAUCACCUCCCUUGGAGUUGAAAGAUGAAGACAGAUCGACUGGUCAUCCAGAUCACAGCGGUUCCAGGCCCAUCCUGCAUCCCGCUUACGAAAAAAAGGCAGCGGCUGGACUUAAAACAGGGGGCAGGACUUCACCACAUCUGCCACACAAAUUUCUCUCCCCCAACGCAGCAAGGUCGGACAGCGACCUCGGGGACAGUAUCGACAGUGCUGGGGGUAGCAGGAAAGGGUCGUUGAUCGAUCAGAUCAUCCCACAGUUCAGGCAAGACUCUGUCGACAACUAUUUCGACCCGCACUCCGACCGGGUGUCCAUCCUUGAGAGGGACGAAGACAACGCAGCGAGAUAUGCCCGGACACGGGGGGGCCCUCGUCUGUCCAUCUUCUCCAUUUACAGCCACACCAGCAACCGGUCAGACGAGUCCUUCUGGGACCCGAUGGAGUCCAUCCCCAGUGCCAACCAUUACGAGCUUCCAACCUCUCAUCCCGAUACGUUCUUGGGCCGGAGUAGGCCGACCUUGUACCAGCUGAGAGAGGAACCGGAAACACCCACGCGGCCUACCAGCACCAUUGGUACUGAUCUUGACGACAACGCCGUUGAAGAACCAGAAGUCAAAAAGAAAAAGCCUAAAGGACCGCAGAAGCUAGGAUGGAUCCAAGGGGUUUUGGUUCGGUGUAUUCUCAACAUUUUCGGUGUGAUGCUGUUUCUUCGGAUGACGUGGAUGACGGGGCAAGCUGGGAUUGGUCUGUUCUCCAUUAUCAUCCUCAUCUCAACAGUGGUGGAAGUUAUCACGGUCAUGUCCAUGUCAGCCAUCUGCACGAACGGAGAGGUCAGGGGAGGUGGGGCCUACUAUAUGACAUCCCGCAGUCUCGGACCAGAGUGGGGCGGUGCCAUUGGAAUCGUCUUCUCCUUGGCGAAUGCAGUAUCAGUCGCCUUGAAUGUUGUGGGUUUCUCGGAGUCGGUUCGAGACAUCAUACAUGGCCAAGGUUCAAAUUUUACUGGUGACCCAACCCACGAUGUGAGAGCCAUCGGCUGCCUCACCAAUUUGCUCAUCCUCGGCAUCGCAAUGAUCGGUCUGGACUUUGAGAGCGCCACGCAGCAGGUGCUGAUGGUCAUCCUUGGUGUUGCCCUCGCUAACUACUUCGUCGGCACCUUCAUCCCGCCGUCAGAAUCCAAGCGUCGUCUUGGCUUCGUUGGCUACAAAGGAUCUCUUAUCUCGCAAAACUUUGGGCCAGAUUAUCGAGUGCAAGAUGGAACGAUGCAAGACUUUUUCUCCGUCUUCAAUAUUUUCUUCCCUUCGGCUACGGGUAUCUUGGCUGGAGCCAAUAUCUCGGGUGACUUAAAGAAUCCGUCGGUGGACAUUCCCAAAGGAUCAUUCCUCGGCAUUUUCAUCACUAGCACUGUCUACCUGGCUGUGGUGUGGACAUGUGGAGGCUGUAUGGUCAGAGACGCCGUGGGAAACGCACUUGAUAUUCCUCCAACAUCACCAUGUCCAUUGAAGAGAUCCAAACGUGCAUCAACGAACUUGCGUUAUGGCCUCGUGAACUCUUAUGAUAUCAUGGGAGUGUCGUCUGGAUACCCGCCAAUCAUCUAUGCUGGAAUUUUUGCAGCUUCCAUCUCGUCCGCUCUCGCCUGUUUCGUCAGCGCACCCAAGGUCUUCCAGGCCUUGGGACGGGAUAAUUUGUUCCCUGGUGUUGGUUUUUUUGCCGUGGGCAGCGGCAAAGGCGAUGAUCCUCGACGUGGCUAUUUCCUAACCUUCUUCCUGAGUGUCGGUGUCACCUGCAUCGGAUCUCUAGAUGCUAUUGCUCCAAUUAUCUCCAACUUCUUUCUGAUGUCGUUUAUGAUGAUCAACUACGCUUGUUUUGAAGCUGCCCUCGCGAAAUCACCAGGAUUCCGCCCGUCAUACCGUUUCUUCAACAAAUGGCUGAGCCUGCUGGGAGCCCUGAUGUGCUUGGUCAUCAUGUUCUUGCUGAUGUGGUGGGCCGCCCUCGCAACUGUCAUCGUCUGUGCUGCCCUCUUCCUGUACAUGAAAUACAAAAAGCCAGAUGUCAACUGGGGUUCAUCGGGGCAAGCUCGAGUGUACAACGAGGCCCUUAGAUCAACUCUGCGACUUGUCAAUGUCGGCGAACAUGUCAAAGAACUCAGGCCACAGAUGCUGGUUUUAACCGGGUACCCUCGCAACAGACCUGCUUUGGUCGAUUUGGCCUCCACGAUCACAAAGCGUCAGUGUCUCCUUAUUUGUGGUCACGUGCUUCAGGGUGAUAUGCAUGAGCACCUGGCCCACCUGCGAUCAACAGCCGUCCACCGCUGGUUCCAAAGCCGCCACGUGCGUGCGUUCUACACCAGCCUGGCAGCCCCCGGGGUGCGACUUGGGGUUCAAGCCCUACUCCAGUCACAAGGUUUGGGUAAGCUCCGACCGAACGUCCUUCUGAUGGGCUUCAAGAGCAAGUGGCAGACGAUCAACGAGAAAGAGGUUCAUGACUACGUGGGGAUCAUCCACGACGCUUUUGACCUUCAGUACGGAGUGGGCGUCCUUCGCCUUUCAGGCGGCCUUGACGCGCAGAAGGUCCACGAUGACCUGUUAGAUGUUACCGAGGAGACACUGGAAGACCUGGAAUUCUCUAGCUCUGAUGAAGACGAGCAAAAAGGUGACAGCAAAUUCAAGAGGUGGAGCAGAAAGACAAAAGCAUCAUCCAAGAAGAAACCGAACUCCAAAGAGCCCAGUACUGCUUCCGUAGAAAAUGGAGUUGUCCUCACCACCUUUCGCCAGAACCAGCCAGACGGUUAUGUGAACAAUGCCUUCACCAUCGCGGAUGAAACGAGAGAAAGGAAUCAAAAGAAAUUUGAAAGCGAUGAUGACUCUAUUGACGACACAGAUGACGAAAGGAGAGAGAGGGAUGCUGAUGCAACUCCUGAUGUCCCACAAAACAUUUUGGCCAAAUAUGAAAGACAUAAUAACCCCAUGUUGAGCAACAAAUUCCGGGGCAAACAAACCGGAAACAUUGAUGUCUGGUGGCUUUUUGACGACGGAGGUCUUGGGCUGCUGAUUCCUUACAUCUUGUCAACACGGAAGCGGUGGCGAGAGUGCAACCUGAGGAUCUUCUGCGCUGGCACCAAGAAAGCCAACAUGGAGAACGACCGUAAAGAGAUGGCAUCACUUUUACACCGAUUCAGGAUUGAAUACUCCGACAUCAUCGUCGUGCCGGACCUCAGCAGUAAGCCUCGCAGGAGCAGCUAUAAGGAGUUUGAACACGUGAUCUACAACUGGCGCCUGAAGGCCGACGAAUCCCAGGAGGACUACCCUUGGAAAAUUUCCGAUGAGGAUGUGAUAACUCAAAAGCAGAAGAUUUACAUGCAGCUGAAGAUCAGAGAGAAACUAAAGGAACAUUCUAGUGACGCAUCGCUCAUCGUUGUGACCCUGCCUGUGCCUAAGAAGUUCUGUCCUGCCGGGCUGUACAUGGCAUAUAUGGAUACCCUGACACGUGACCUCCCGCCCACGCUUUUGCUCCGCGGAAAUCAGCAAAGUGUCUUGACCUACCUGUCCUAAGCACCGCGGACAUCAAAGGGUCACGAAACUCGUAAGAGUAGCAGAGUCUUGACCGAUUGUUGAGAUAGAGAGUGGCAGACUAUUGCAAGGAUACUGUGCUAGAAAAAGUUACCUGGAGACAUUUUUACCUCGUGUUUGUCCCAUGUUGCGGACCUCGUCUUCACAAGUCUUCAUCUUCCUGCGCUCUUGGGUCCAAAGUGGGUGGACCACCAGCUCCGGAACCUUCGAUAUUGACUAACAGGUUGAACCAGAUAGUUUUGUUCAUGCUUAAAAAAAAUGGUGAUUUGUAUGUAAGCAAGAAAAUGGCAAAUAAUAUGCAGUGAAUUGCUUAACAGGAGUUAGACUGCAGGCAGCUAAACCACAUUGGUUUUGUUUUUAAUAUGCGGAGAUGUUUUAAUGACAUUUAACAGUCCAUGUACAUAUUCCCUUGUCAUCCCAACAAACUAAAUCUUGCUGCUUUCAACAAGUGGGAGAUUCUCUUACAGUGAUGUGCAUUUAGCGAUGAACAUAGGCCAGAUGAUAUUUUUUAUUUUGUAAUAUUUUUUAAAAGCAUGAUUAACGUUUAUUUCAUUGAUCACGGUGUAAAAAAAAAAAUCUUCGAAUGUUAUAAAGAGGAAUGUUUGUGCUUUUAAGAAAAUCGCUUAAAUUUUAACGUUUUAAGCAAGUAGUUUUCUAAGUGCCCAGAGAAAAUUUGCUCACUUAGUACCCCCUGGUGGCAUCAGAAAUAGUACUGUAGCUCUUGUGGGAGGUACCUCACUGGUGAGUAUCCUCCUUUCUCAGGUUGAAGUUUCGCAGUUUAUACGUUGAUGCGAAUGUGAAAGGAAACUACGGAAUGACAACGAUGUAAAAUAUGAAUUGCGUGUGGUUAUAUAUUUAAUCAGUUGCGAUGUAAAUCUGCAUUUAUAGAACAAACUCGGAGCUUCACAGAGUGCCUAACGCAAUGCCAACAAUGGCUCAAUUUUAAUCAGUGUGAUAGUGCGAAUUUCGAAAUGCUUGAAGUGGGAUUAGUCCUAUCCAACUGUAAUUUCGAACUUCACUUUUAUGCAACUAACUUUUUAAACUGUGUAUUAAUGAAUGUCACGGUUUUAUAACUGCACCCGACAUAGGAAAAAAAUGAAAUAAACUUGAGAGAAAUUUU